AGACCUUUACCGAUAUGUUGUAGGAUAAAUAGAACUUUGAGUACCACUUCCAUUGACGUUGAAUCGGCUUUGCUAUCACAGAGUGUCAGAACCAGUAACCAUUGCGAGCGACUGCGCCAUCUCCCGUACCUGCUCUUGCUAGGGUAGCUCUUUCCAUACAUACUUAGCCCGUGACCACCGAUCUGAGUACUUCUCGAGGUUUCGACCUCGGACUCAACUUCUUAUCGGCCACUCUCUUCCCAUUCAGCUACUUACGCCUGACUUCUCCGCAGUCAUUUGCUCCUCAUCUCGCAACAUGGCUACCGAGAUCACCAUUCGCCCUCCUCUUAGUGAAGAGCUGUCUAAGCCUGACUCAGAGUGGUUCUGCCGGACAUGGGCCGUCGCGCACUCAACGCUCUCCAUGUGGCGGUCCUCGAGGAACGUGCGUAUCACCUACACGGACCUCAAGAACGGUUCCGUCGACGAUCUCGUCGAGUACGAGAAGAAGGGCUCCCUCAAGACCGUCGCCGGCGUCGACACGGACCUGGGGAAGGGCGACUGGAAGUGGCGCGGCAAGGGCCUGCUCAAACUGAUCACGUCCGAGUGGAAGGUGCUCGGCUACGGCCAGCUGCCCACGGGCGAGGACGGCCAGGUCGAGCGGUGGAUGGUCAUAUGGUUCGCCAAGACCAUGUUCACCGAGGAGGGCAUGGACAUCCUGACGGAGCGCAAGGACGGGCUGCCGCAGCAGACCCUCGAGACCAUCAAGAAGGGGCUUUUGGAGCUGAAGGACGCCCCUCAUCUGGUGAAGCUGGUGGAGGAGAAGAUGCAACCUGUAGAGGUCAAGCUACCCUGGAUAUUAAGCGAUUCUUAGGAGAAUGCGCGGCAGGGAU